GGGUUGGGAAAGCGUGCUUGGCGCCACAUGCUCCGGUUGGAGGCGCCGCUUGCACUGCCGCUACUGUAAACAACAACACCCCCCAAAACCCCAGGAUUUUACCCCGACUUGAGGAUUGGUGAGCCGCCGAGUUUCUCAUCCCGUGGGAAUGGAGAAAAGGCUGGCUGGAGAGUGAAACCGGGGCGUCCGCAGUCACCACGGUUAACGGAGCGCCGAGCCAAGAUGAUCCUCACACAAAUUGAGGCCAAGGAAGCCUGUGAGUGGCUGAAGGCUGCUGGUUUCCCUCAGUAUGCUCAAAUGUUUGAAGAUAUGCAGUUCCCAAUUGAUAUCAAAACUGUGAGGAAAGAUCAUGAAUUUUUAGAUCAAGAUGCAGUAGACUCCCUGUACAGGCGUUUACAUACAUUGAAUAAGUGUGCAGCAAUGAAAGUGGAAAUAAAUCGGCAAAGGAAGCGGAGCGAUGAAUCUGAGGAGGAUGAACCUUGUGCACUAAGUAACAAGUGGACUUAUGAGAAGUGUACACAGAGAUGGUCUCGUCUUGAGAGUUUAGAAGGUUUUGGAGCUUCGGUAGCUGACAGUUUGAGGCUUAAGAGCAUUGGCAGUGGGGAUAUAGCCUUUUCUGACCGUGGGGAGAGAAAUGAUGAGUCUUCAGUUCACAGUACUAGCAGUGGUGAUAGUGACCUAAUCAGCUUCCCAAAGACUUUUGAGGAGGUGGAGACUAGCAGGAGUUCGUCCAUGUGUUCCUCAAAUAAAUUGGCAUCUCCCGACUCUACCUUCAGUUGCUCUUCGUCUCCUUGUGAAACCUUGAAUAUAAUCAGUGAGGACAAGCUUUUGGAUAAACCAUCCAACAAAAAGGGAAGGAGCUUCCUGAAGAAAAUGGAGAAGCUGCGCAUAAGAAGCAGCAGUCUAAAGAGAGAGCCUAAUUCAAAGGCCAAACCUAUGAUCACUGAGCCUAUUCUAUUAGAGGGACUAACUGAAGAAAAGCUGAGAAACCUCAACUGUGUGAAUAUCAGUGACAUGUCCAAUAUCCCGAUGAUGCAGUCCUCCUCUUACUCACCACAGACCUGCAGUAGCAGCAGCCAGUCUGAAAACAGCAGUACUGUGAGCACCCCAAGCCCUAUUAUCAAAGCCAGGAGGCACAGUAGCAGAGGAGGGAUGUAUGCAGAGGGCUUUGAUGCCAGCAAGCUUUCUGUGUGGAAUGAUCUCUCGGAGCAUAACUUGAAAAAUGAGAUAUAUUUGCAUGAAAAUAAAGUGUUUCAAGUGCCACAAGGCCAUAAGCCUGGGACAUUCCCCAAAGCACUGACUUACAGCCUUUUAUCUCCGCUAGACAACACUGCAGUGAACUGGAGAACUGGGAGUUUUCAUGGGUGCCACAGAAAUAGGGUUCACAUGGGUUCUCAAGGCUCCGAAACACCACCGGGCUCUCAUUCAUUGAUAGAUAACAGACUGAGCAUAUAUGACAAUGUACCUGGCAGUCCUGUCCAUAUUAACAAAAUGGAUACACCAGACACGGGAGAUGACGAUGUUUUUACAGAACUAGACAAUGUUAUGGAACAUGUUAACGGGCUCAGGAAGUUGGUCAGUCAGUGGUCAGAGAAAUUCUCUGAUGAUGGGGACUCGGACUCUGCCAGUCACUCCAACCAAUCCGCUUCUCCAUGCCCAUCAUCCCCUAAGGAAAUCCAUCUCGAGAUUAAAAAGCAUUCGGAGGAGAAAUUGGUGGAACUGCCCAUCAUUGAUGGAGAAGAUGACUGCAAGAGUGCCAGUGAGGAUCGUUUUGCAGAACUGGCCUGUGUAACAGAAUCAGGGAUAAGACUGACACCAUCAUGUUCUAUCAGACCUGUGGAAGGCAUGAAUUUGGAAAAUCUUUCUAUACAACUUGACAGACAGUCAGCAGCCCACCUAAACCGAAUACAGAAGCUUGCUUUAUUAAAACUGACUUCUUUAAUGGACAAAUACACUCCUUCCAGCAAGCAAGGAUGGAACUGGACUGUUCCGAAGUUCAUUAGAAAAAUAAAAGCCCCUGAUUAUAAGGACAAAAAUGUAUUUGGAGUACCAUUAUUGUUAAAUGUCCAGAGAACAGGUCAUCCUCUUCCAAGGAGCAUACUCCAGGCCAUGGACUACUUAAGAGACAAUUUUCUUGACCAGGUUGGCCUUUUCAGAAAAUCCGGUGUGAAAUCAAGGAUCCUCUCCUUACGGGAAAUGAAUGAAAAUGACCCUCACAGUGUAACUUAUGAGGGGCAGUCAGCAUUUGAUGUGGCGGAUAUGGUGAAACAGUAUUUCCGAGACCUUCCAGAACCUAUAUUUACCAGCAAACUCUGUGAAUCCUUCCUUAACAUCUACCAAUAUUUGCCUAAAGAUCAGCAAUUUUGUGCUGUCCAGGCUGCUGCUAUUCUGCUUCCAGAUGAAAAUCGUGAAGCUUUGAAAAUUCUACUCUUCUUUCUCAGGGAUGUAGUAGCUUUUGUCGAGGAAAACCAAAUGACACCUACCAAUCUUGCUGUCUGCCUUGCACCAUCUUUGUUUCACCUUAAUUCCCUGAGAAGAGAAAGUUCCUCAUCAUCUAGAUCCAGCCAGAGAAAAUAUAGCACGGGGAGACCUGACCAGAGAGAUCUGAGUGAGAAUUUAGCUGCAACACAAGGCCUGGCCCACAUGAUAAUGGAGUGCCACAGACUCUUUCAGAUACCUGACUACUGCUUUGAUGAGGGUUAUGAAGAUUUCCAUAAUCUAAACUUCUUAACUGAAACAAAUCAAACCAUCUUAACAAGCCUUUGCAGCACAGUGAUCUCCCUGGAACACUCUAUGCAGGAUUUGCUCCGAGAUGCCAAGGAGAAAUUCAGGAACUGGGUUGCUUGUUCCAUUGUGGAAGGUGUAGAUUCUGGUUAUAAAAAGGUGGAAGAUAACUGUUAUCUCCGUUUAUGGAGAGCUUCUGUUGAAAUUGAUGCCACCCCUAAAGCUGUUCUACACCGUGUACUGAUGGAACAGCAUCUGUGGGACCCAAGACUUCAGCAGUCAAAGAUCCUAGAGGUCUUAGAUGAUGACACAGACAUCUAUCACUACACAACAGAGAGCAUGUCUCCACUUCCUGGACGAGACCAUGUGAUCCUAAGGACUUGGCGAACUGAUCCUCAAAGUGGGACUUGUGUGCUAGCAGCUACCUCAACAGAGAGUGAAGGUGCUAAAUUGAAUGGGAUCCUUGCUAAGGUCUUUCUGUGUCAGUUCCUUAUAGAAGCAGUUGGCUCCCAUAAAUCCAAAGUGACACACGUUUGUCGAAUAGAUAAAAGGGGCCAGACACUAGAAUGGUACAACAGGGCUUUUGGUUACAUUUGUUCUGCAGAACUGAUAAGGAUUAAAGAGUCCUUCAGAACUUCACAGUGACUUUCUGGUUUUGGACAAGGCAAUGAGUGGUGCCCAAAACGGUUUAUCCCCCAGAAUCUGAGCAAAGGUUGACUAGAUUAUAUUAUUUUGAUCAGCUAAGAGUGCUACAUAGAAAUUAAAUGUUACUAGCAUUUUAUGAGGGGAUUUUUUUGUCUUCUGUUGAAGCAUGUUCUUGAACUGGCAGACACUAUGCAACAUUUUAGAUAGGUAAUCUUUUCAUCAUAUAAAUUUUAAUAUAAAACUAUCAGAGUUAAGUUAUUUUUAAAAAGAACACCUUAACGUGUUCUAAAUAUAUUUUAAUUUGUAAAAUGUGGGACAUAUUUUUCAAAUGUUAUAAUAAGGCACAAGUAGAAACAAACUGUCCAGCUCUUCAGCUGGUUUUCUGGUUUAAGCAUUACCUGUUAGCAGUUAAUGACAGACAGCCCUGCUGCAUCUGUAUAAAGAUGAAAGAGGUGUGCCUUUUACCAUCAAAAAGCUGUAUGUAAAGGUUAAAAUUGUAUGUAGGAAUAUAUGUUUUGUUUUGUAAGCACAAUCCUGCCUCAAAAUGAUGGCAAAAUGGGCACUUUAGUUCUUAAAGGUGAAUAUGAUUUUCCUUUGCUGGCUUGGUAGUUUUUAACAAUGCAGUUUUGAAACUUAAGAGAACUGACUGGUAUAGCAGUGGUAGCUGCUGUCCUAACUGAAGUCAGUACUGUGUUGACAUAUUCAUCUGCCAUUUGAUUGUCAAUAAUAUUGUUUGAAUUUCUUAAUCAGUGUAACACAAUUAUGGCAGCUCAUUUCAUUUGUUUUUAAUAAUCUAAUAUUAAGCAGCAAAUAAUAAAAUGUUUUUAUUGGUUUAAGAUCACUUAUGCACCCACUACUGCUUAGUCUGUUAAAGCCAGCUCUGCUCUGCUGAGUUGUACCCACAAAGAAUGUCAAACCCUUAAGUUUCAUUGGCUCCAAUAGGACAAACUUGCAGGGAACUUUUGGGGCAAGAACUAACUUAAGUAAUUUUCCUACACAUGGUCUCAGAGCAUUGUGCAUACCAGAUGAUGCAGGUUAAAAAACCCAGUAGGAUCUCUGUAUACUGAGAGAUACUGAGAAUGUUUUGAUUUUUUGUUGAACAACCUCAGGUAGCGCACACACCAUGCAUACAGGUCAAACCAUUGUUGUUAAGCAUGUAACUGACAGAAUGCCAAAGGUACAGCUAUUAUAUCUGCCCAAUCAUUAAUCUCAGUAUUAUUUGAACAUAUUGCUGAACUCAUUUUUGAAUGUGAGCUAUUGUUGCUUUGCAAACAAAAGGGAAAUCUAAAAUUAAAUGACAAAUGUCACUGCACUUGAAAUUUUAGAAAGGCAAGCUUAAAUGUUGCAAAACUGAGAUCCUAUCUGUGUAAGAAAAAAGAACAUCACGACAUAAAUGCAAACAAGCAGUUCUCCCAUUUUUAAAAUAGACAUGUUUUGUUCUUGAAGUCUGUAUUAUUAUGUACUUGUAUUUGCAAAAACUCUCUUAUGUAAAUAAAAUGGCUUAGAAUGGGCUCAGACAACACACCUAAUAAAGGUGAAGCAUUCAAAUGACUGCCUUAUGUUUGGUUGCAUAGGCAUAUUACUUUCUCUUCUUCUGCAAAAUUCAGUCUUGUGAAAAAAGUGAGUAUGUAGCCAGAGGGGA